AUGGCACAGACCAACCUCACCUUGGUGACCGAGUUCCUCCUCAUCCCGUUCUCUGACUGUCCCGAAUGGGCCCUCCCUCUCUUCCUGCUCUUUUUAUGCAUCUAUCUCAUCACCUUGCUGGGAAACCUGGGGAUGAUCACCCUGAUCUGCACGGAUCGCCGGCUCCACAGCCCCAUGUACUUCCUCCUGAGCCACCUGUCUCUCAUGGAUAUCUGCUACUCGUCUGUCACCGUCCCUCAGAUGCUGGCCGUGCUGCGGGAGCACCGGGCAGCUCUGUCCUACACGCGCUGUGUGGCUCAGUUCUUCCUGUUCACCUAUUUUGGUUCCAUCGACUGCUAUAUCCUGGCGCUCAUGGCCUACGACCGCUACGUGGCGGUGUGCCAGCCCCUGCUUUACGUCAGCGUCGUCACGCCCAAGGCCUGCCUGGGCCUGGUGGCCGGGGCUUACGCUGCGGGUCUCUGCAGCGCCCUGGUGCGGACAGUCUCCGCUUUCACGCUGUCCUUCUGCGGAAGCGGGGAGAUCGACUUUAUUUUCUGUGACCUCCCUCCUCUUUUGAAGCUGACCUGCGGGGACAGCUACACCCAGGAAGUGGUGAUUAUUGUGUUCGCCGUUUUUGUCAUCCCCGCCUGCAUGGUGGUGAUCCUGGUGUCCUACGCGUUCAUCAUCGUGGCCAUUCUGCGCAUCCACUCGGCUGGAGGCCGGGCCAAGACCUUCUCCACCUGCGCCUCCCACCUCACGGCUGUGUCUCUCUUCUUCGGCACCCUCAUCUUCAUGUACCUGCGGGAUAACGCGGGCAGGUCCUCGGUGGAGGACCGGGUGGCCUCCGUGUUCUACACGACAGUGAUCCCCAUGCUGAACCCCCUCAUCUACAGCCUGAGGAACCAGGAAGUGAAGGAGGCCCUGAGAAAAAUUCUCAAUAGAGCCAGGUUGUCCUAA